GAAACAAGAACACGAAUAGGCCCGUACUGCUGUCCGUCUCUUUCCAUUCGGCGGACACGUUUUUGGCCCGCUCUCGCAGUCCAUUCUUUAUGUCGAUGCUAAAGCCGUGACCUAAAAAUGUGCCAGGUGGCGCUGGUGAGGGGGAGGCUGGCUUUUAUAUAUGCCUCUUUGUUGCACACCCUGCACACUCCGGCUACCGAAAUUGCAGCGUUAUCAACACGGUUACGCCGCGUUCCAUGGCAAAAAGAUUAGAGUUGAUAGAAGUGCCCGCAUCUGUGUAGAAGACAGUGGUUCUAGUUCACUAAUUUUGAUAAGCCAGUUUUCCAAGUUCUUUACCAAGCACUGUUACUUUUCUAUCUUAAAAUUACUCAACUCCAUCAAGAUGGUAGAAAAGAACCUUGGCAGACCAUUUGAUGCUUCCUUGAUCAAGCACAUCAAUUUAAAUGUACCAGCCAUAAAUACGAGAGUUAGAUAUAUCAUUGAAAAGGCGACUAGUAUUACCAAAUGCAACCGUGUAGCAUGGCUGAUCAAAGCAGUAACAUGCAUAGAUCUGACGACACUGGGUGGUGAUGACACUUUUGCAAGUGUUGAAAGACUCACUAAGAAGGCUGUUAAGCCUAUCGUAUUACCAUUUGAAUGGGAAGGCUCUCUGUCUACUGCAGCAGUUUGUGUAUAUCCUGCGCGUGUCGCCGAUGUUGUGCAAACAUUGAAAAACCUUAAUGCCACGGGAAAAGUCAACGUGGCUAGCGUUGCUACCGGAUUCCCAAGCGGUCAAUAUCCGUUGCAAACCCGGAUGGAUGAAAUUUCGCUCGCAGUUUCGAACGGAGCUACAGAAAUAGAUAUUGUCAUAAAUCGAACGCUAGCGUUAACUCAUCAGUGGGAAAAACUAUACAAUGAGAUUAAAUUAAUGAAGCAAGCCUGUGGAAAAGCAAAAAUGAAGACUAUUUUAGCAACUGGUGAACUUUUUGACCUCAAAGAUGUGUAUAGAGCAUCAAUAAUCGCAGCGAUGGCUGGAUCAGAUUUUAUAAAAACUUCUACCGGAAAAGAAACGGUAAAUGCUACCUUACCUGUUGGGAUUGUCAUGUGCAGAGCUAUUCGGGACUACCAUAACUUGACUGGUUACAAGGUCGGAUUUAAACCAGCUGGAGGUAUAAAAACUUGGGGAGAAGCGCUGCAGUGGCUGGUAUUGAUCAAGGAAGAACUGAGCGAUGUAUGGCUCCAUAAUAGCCUGUUCAGAAUCGGCGCUUCGAGUGUGCUAGGUGACAUCACUAGCGAGAUUAAUAGGUCUUUGGAUGAAGUUAAAGAGGCUGAAGUACCUACUUUAUACGAGCAUGAGAACUUUGAUGAUUCAGACAAAUAAAAGUAUCUUCAAAAACUUG